CUCAACGCGUCCCAGGAGUUUGGUGGAGAAUGAGUUCUUCCCCUCUCUAAUCUCUAUCCCUCUCGCGUUCCUUGUCCUUUCCUUGUUCUCAUUUCAUCCAUCUUCCAUUUCUUUCUUUUUUUUCUAGGGUUUUUCUUCUAGUUAUCAUCUUCAGGUCGAUAAGUUAACUAAAAUUACACAAUCUUCCCUCUACACUCUUUUACUUGUCAUCAAUACAGCAUAACACAUUUCUAAAAGCUUUCGAUCGGAAAUUUAAUGGCUUCUGACUCGUGGAGCUCUUCCCUUUCGACUUCUUCAAGACGCUACCAUUCUCGAUCUGAAAUGUACGAGGAAACUGAUUUGGACGAGGAUCUGAAGGCGGAAUUUUUGUGUCCGUUCUGCGCCGAGGAUUUCGACGUUGUGGGACUCUGCUGCCAUAUCGACGAGGAGCAUCCUGUUGAAGCCAAGAAUGGGGUGUGCCCAGUCUGUGCUAAACGGGUUGGAGUGGAUAUUGUUGGCCACAUCACUUUGCAGCAUGGCAACUUCUUUAAGGUGCAGCGGAGAAGGAGAUUGCGCAAAGGAGUUAACUCGGCAUUUUCGCUAUUGAGAAAAGAGCUGCGAGAAGGAAGUUUACAAUCCCUUCUUGGUGGAUCUUCAUGCUUUCUUUCUUCCUCCAAUACGGAACCAGAUCCAUUGCUUUCAUCAUUUAUAUCUAAUUCACCUUCUUUGGAUGAAUCUCUGAACAUACAGCCCCUUUCUUCGGUUGAAGCAGGCUUACAGAUGAAGGGGAGCACAACUGAGGAGUUCCAAGAAAGAGAAGCACAACAAUCCCUCGUGUCAGACAGGGACCAACAGGAGAAGUCUCAGAGGUGCAAGUUUGUGCAGGGACUGUUGCUGUCCACCAUUCUUGAUGAUGAGUUGUGAGUGCUGGGGGGAUAAUCCUAAUGAGCUUGUUAAUAUAAUACGAAGGACCGGGAACAAAGUGAAAGUGAAAGGGAAAGAUGAUGGAUUUAUAAAAAUGAUAAUUAGCUAGGUCAGAUGAACUUUGUAUUAUUGCUGUAUUUACAGCUUAUAUGCUUAUAAUGGAGAGAGGGAAGAAAUAUCUAACUAAUUCUACUCUCCUAUCUUUGCACAUUCCCAAAUCAAGUUAAUUGUUCUAGUCUUCCUUUC